GGAAGGGGGUCGUGGCCUCGUGGGAAGAGAUAAGGUAGGGGAUCGUGGAUUCUGGUAAGAGAUAAGGCAGGUAGAGAGAAGUCAGGGUGGGACCCAUCCGGGAUUUUCUGCGUCGGUUUCGUCCGCCGAGCACGUUACGCGCGGUUAGGCGCCAAAGAGUCCUUCCGAAAACAAAGUACGAGAAUCAACAAUAGUGGAAGAGAAGAUUUUCAUGUUAAUACUCACUGUAUCGAAUUUAUCUGAUGUCUGAGGAGGACAAAGAUAAACUAGCAUACAACUCAGAUCGAUAUACCUAUCCUGCUCUCUUACUCCACCUUUCACAUCCUUCAGUAGAUUAAGCUUUGAUGCGUAUAGUAAUUAGCAGCAGACUGUAAAGCAGGCAAGUAAGCAGACACUGUAAGCAAGCUUCAUCUUUCAUUACCUUUACAACCAUGUGAAAUGAAUCCUCUUCGUUCUGCCCGACAAUGACAUAUACCUGUACAGUUCCUUGCAGACAUCAAACCGGACAACUGAUUUCGUGAAAGCCACCAUGGCCGAGCCGACAUCGUGGGUUGAUGACGUAGAGAAGCUCCUGUUGGAAGCCCACGACCCCUCGUCAGAGGCAGAGCAAUGGCGGAAGCACUCUAUAUACCGGGUGCCCGCGCGCAUCAGGAACCUCAACCCGGGCGCCUACAAGCCGCAGAUGGUGUCCCUGGGUCCCUUCCACCACGGCGACCCGGACCUGGCGCCCAUGGAGAAGCACAAGCGCAGGGCGCUGCUAUGCCUGCUCCGGCGUGCCGCCAGGCCGCUCGGGGACCUGGUCGCCGCUGUGGCCGAUGUCGAGGAGGAGCUGCGCGCCGCGUACGUGGACCUCGGCGACGAGUGGCGCUGCGGCGGGGGCAGGCCGUUCGUGGAGACGAUGGUCGUGGACGGGUGCUUCUUGCUUGAGGUGAUGAGGACGGCGGCCGCGGCAGGGCGGCGGCGCGCCAUUGUCGGGUACGCGGCCAACGACCCCGUGUUCAGCCGGCACGGGUUGCUGUAUAUGGCCCCGUACGUGCAGCGCGACAUGCUCAUGGUCGAGAACCAGCUGCCGCUGCUCCUGCUCGAACGGAUCGUCGCUGCUGAGACCGGAAAAACAGAGGCCGGUGCAUUGAUCCACUGGAUGGUGCUCAGCUUCCUUGGCGCCGGAAACAUCGACAAGCACCCAGAGGCAAACCUGGGGCUCCACCCGCUAGACAUCUACCGACGGAGCCUCCUCCACUCUGGCUGCAGCAGCAGCAGCAACCCGUUUCGCGACAUCCACCUCGACGACACGCCAUCAGAGAAACCGGCGGACGUCCGCUCCGCGCGGAAGCUCUACGAAGCGGGCAUCCGCUUCAAGCACAGCGGGCGCGAGGACAGCCUCCGGGACGUCCACUUCCACAACGGCGUCCUCACCAUGCCCCAGCUCUUCGUGGACGACUCCACCGAGUACAAGUUCCUCAACCUAAUGGCGUUCGAGGCCCUCCACGCGGGCGCCGGCAGCGGCAGCGGGGACGUGACGGCGUACGUGUUCUUCCUUCGGAGCAUCGUGGGAUCCGCCGACGACGUGCGGCUGCUCCGGGGGAAAGGGAUCGUGAGGAGCGACUGGGUGGACGGGGACGAGACAGUGGUCAGGCUGCUUAAUGGGAUGACCAAGGACGUGGUCUGCGACGAGACCUCGGCGCUGUAUUGCUUCGUGCACGGGGAGGUCGAGGCCUACUGCCGGAGCAGCGCGCGGGUGUUCUUGCACGUCUCGUGGUGCUACCUGAAGAGGACGUAUUUUGGGAACCCCUGGACGUUCCUGUCGCUCGCGGCUGGAGUGUUGUUACUUGUCACGGAUAUUAUCCAGACCGUGUAUGCUGUGCUCUCGUACGAGGUGCAGGGGAAGAGGGAGCAUCAUAAGUGGGACUGAAGGCGCGUGUGUAUACUGGAGUAGAGCAUGGGGAGAUCUUUCCUGUGUUUAGAUGGUCGCACCUGUAUGUGUUGGCAAAAUAUCAAGUGAAAACCACAUUUUCGAUACAAA